AUGUUAACGAACAAUACCAAUCUUGCUGGUAGAAGUAACGAUACCUUUGAAUACAUGGAAUUCCGUGUUUUUAAGAUAGCACUGUACGUUGCAAUCUUCACAUUUAGUUGUGUCGGGAACAGUUUAGUGGCCAUUGUGAUCAUUGGGGCCAGAGGAAUGAGAACAACUCCAAACCUUUUGAUCCUGAAUUUGGCUUUAUGUGACCUCUUGACACCCGCUUUAAGCAUUCCGUUUGAUUUAGCUUUGGAAGAGCUUAACCAAGAGUGGCCGUUUGGUAGGGUGAUGUGCAAACUUUUGUGGCCAUUUCAGACGGCCCCUUCCACAUCAUCGUCUUUAACUUUAGCAGUUAUUAGUUUGGACAGAUUUAAAGCGCUUGCAAAGCCAUUGAGCGAACGCCCAUCAUCUAUCCGAGUUGUGAAGACUGUUGUGGCAAUUCAUGUUUUCUCCAUCCUUUUAUGCACCCCUUAUUUUAUUGCUUUGCAAUACAACAGCUCUCCAAGGUCCUGCGCUGAAACUUGGACAAAACCGGGCUAUAGACAAGCUUAUACCAUUGUGCUGUUUCUGUUUCAAUUUGCUCUUCCUCUGGCAACUAUGUCUGCAUCGUACCUGCUUAUUUAUCGAAGCUUACGUUCGAACACGACAAGGCUUUUUUCCGAGAGCACCAAAAACCACAGACACGAACGUCGCAUCAUCAACAAAAACUCGACUUCAAGCAAGGAAGAAAGCGAAUUUAAACGAAGGGAACAGAACAUUCGCUUAGCAAAAAUGUUCGUUAUCGUUGUAGUGGUAUUUGCAAUAGGUAUGUCUCCCAAUCAAUUUUUUUGGCUUUGGGUAGACUUUGGACGUGGCGCAAAGCACAGAUUGUUUCAUUACAUUUCUGUAGUAAGCCGUCUGUUCACCUACGCCAACAGUGUGUUGAAUCCGUUCAUCUAUGCUUUGAAAAGCAAAGAAUUUAGGUCUGGAUUUGCAAGGAUUGGACGUGCAGGUAUGAAGCCCUUGAGAAAGAUAAGCACUGAUACAAGGAAAUUUGUUCUCAAAAAGGUCAGCAGAAGUGCGAGUCAGGGCCUCGUCCCAGAAACAGCCGAAGUCCAUCCAUUAACAUUCAUUCAAAAUGGCGACGCCGGCAGAGAUGUUGCUACUGAUUCGAGAGGAGCCAAGGUGUCGAAUAACGACUCCGUGGAAAACAUAUGUGCUUCACACAAAGUAUUAUUCCUUGAGACUCUCUCAAAACCUGGAGCACACAAUUUUUUCAAAGAGCUUCGCGAAAGCUCAUGUUGA